AUGACAAUGUGUAAUUCAAAUAUCCAAAUCAACGGAGAAACGAUAUUUGAAAGAUCGAAUCUGGAUAGCGGUUUCGACACAGGGAAUGACGCUGACAUCGACUCUGAGACUGAUAUUUAUCAAGCUAGAACAUGUAAACAGAUCUUGAACCCAGGGGCUGACCUUGUAUUCAGUGAAAAUAUCUCAAACAAUGAAUCCGAACUUUGGACUUCUAAACUGAAACAACAGUUGUCUACUUUACAGACAGUUUUUCAUUUAAAACCGAAAGGAAGUGAAUGUACGGAAACAGAUGAUGAGAGUAUAACUUCAGCCCUCCGCAGUGGUCCAUUUUAUGUCCUGUGGAUUACCAACGGUUGUACAGCGUACGGUGUGCAUAUUUUGAGCAUGUUCUACAAAAGCUUCGGCCAGACGAGAAUCAAUGACGACCACUUUUUGGCAGCGAUCGGAACCCUAGACUCCGCUCUCGUUUUUGUGACACGCCUGUUAUGCGGCCUGCUGGCGGACAAGAUGGGCGUGAAAUCCUCCCUGAUCAUCCUGUGCGGCGCUCAGAGCCUGGCGUUUGCCUGUUGGUAUCUGACGGCCAGCGCGGGAAGAUGGCCGUACCUCGUCUGUACAUCUGUUCUCGCUGUGGCCGGACACGGCAUCUUCACCGUUACUCCAGUGGCUGUCUUAAAACACUUCGGCAGCGUUCGCCUGACCACUCUGAUGUCCUUGACCUUCACCUCGACCGUCGUGGCAGGUGUCCUUGUGUCCGCGGCGAGAGAGCUGCUGCUGGCAAACAGCGGCUGGCUCGUGUUUCUCACAAGUGACGCUCUGCUGAUGCUGCUGCCGCUACUGCUUGUGGCGUGCUAUCUGCCCUGA